AUGUGUUCCCAUCAAGGGCUGACCGUGGAGAAGAGCACGGUGGUGGUCAGUGUCCCUGUUGUUGUCAUGGUCGAGACUGCUGAGAUUGAUUACAGCUCGAGAUUCUCGGUGUUCACAAUGGAGGCCUACGACCUACUCGGUGGCGACGCGUGCAGCGCACAGAUGUACUCAGAGGCUAAGCUUGCCUCAGUGGCAGCAGCAGUGAGCAGGAGGGUGGAGAAGGUGGAGAGGGACUACCUGUCGUACGACAAGCCAAGAACGGUGUUAUCGGGCGAGGCAUGCAACGACCUUGAUGGUGAGUUCUGUGAUGCGCCGUACUAG